AAAUCAAGUGUUUGAUAAGUUUUCGAACACGCAGAGGAACUAUUUAUUAUCGAAGCGAAGGUUGCCUUACUAGUAACAUCUUUAAUUAACCCGCAUGUCAUUUUCAAUAGGCCUAUUCAUAUAGUAUAAACAAAAUGGAUUAGAAUCUCGUCAGAGUUAAUUUCUAUUAUUUUAUGGAUAUUACAAGAGUCUGCCGUCAUGUGGAAGUGCCAUAAAUGUGGGAAACCAGUAUAUUUCGCUGAACGCAAGCAAUCAUUGGGAUAUGACUGGCAUCCAGAAUGUUUAAGAUGCGAAGAAUGUGGGAAACGCUUAAAUCCAGGCCAGCAUGCAGAGCAUAAAGGUGUACCAUAUUGUCAUGUACCAUGUUACGGAGCUCUUUUUGGGCCACAAUUGUUUGGUCAUGGAACAAGAGUUGAAUCACAUACAAGUUUUGGGAAAAAAGAAGCUCGGCCAUCAUUACCCAGAUCACACUUAGAAUCAAAGUUGAAGGUUUUCAACCAGUAUUAUGAAGGCAAAAGUGGUGGAAUAAGAAGCCGUGAGGUUAAUGGAAGAUUGAUACUGGAAGGUGCACUUCGUAUUUAUUGGGGUGUCAGAGGAGUGAUUCAUUUGAAAGAAGAUGAUGAUCAACGCACAGUAGUUACAGCUCGUAAUAGAAAUUCUUGUAGACGUAGUGUUUCUGAUAGUAUAGAAGAUGAAGAAAAAGAGGAAGAUUGUGUAAAAGAAACUUGUGAACAAGACGCAGAAACUGAAACAAAGUCUGUACCAACCUCACCUGAUCAUCUUAAGAGCCUCACUUUACCAAUGAAACUAGACGUUAAGAACAUGGAGUGGGACGAAAUAGAUGAGCUUCUUCAGGUUGAACGUAAAAUUGAAGAUGGAAAAAAAUUAUACCAAACGAUGCCCGAAAAUCUACCUUCGAUUAGUUCGCAAACCACUUCCGACCCACUGCCUCUUUCCUCUCAAUCCAGUUUUGAUAGAUCUGAUUCUCGCGAAAAUUCAGAAGCAGAUAGUCCGAACCAUCAAAGCAAUCGUGGUAACGAUAGUAGCGUAACUAGUACACCAACGCACAGUAUAGGUAGUUCUUCCAGUACCGAUACGCCUAUUUACCAUGGCACACCAAAUCGAAAUGGAACGCUUCGAAGGGUAGAAUACUUCGAUAACUUGGAGAAAAAUAUGUCCGGUAAUAGAUCUAUUAGCACUGAUGACAGUUGGAUAGAAAAAGGCUUAAAUCGAUCGAUGUCCGGACCUGAUUGCCUUCAAAGACAUCGAACUGAUAGCGAUACAGAUUCUGUAAAUUCUCUACAAUUUAGAGAAGAUGAUAACAUGACAAUGUCAACCGACAGUGGACUAGAGCUGGAUGGCGUAGUUUUACGACGAAAACAAGGAUCCACCGCAAUUAGACGUCGCCCGGGUGGUCGACGACAAUCACGUAGUCGACUACGGCGUCGUUGUUCAAUUAACGGACAUUUUUAUAAUCGUGAAACCAGUUUUUUUACACCCCCGCAUGGAUCUCAAAUGUCCGUUUGGAUUACAAGUUUAGUAAAUACUCAGGAAGUUAUCAACCUUAUGUUAGACAAAUAUAAAGUUGAUGCUAAACCAGAUAAUUUUGCGUUGUUCGUCGUCCGCGAUAAUGGCGAGCAAAGAAGAUUAAGAGACGAUGAAUAUCCGCUGGAAGUUCGCGUAGUAUUAGGUCCGCACGAAAAUGUCGCGCGACUUUUUUUGGUAGACAAAUUGUCGACUCCGGAAAUUAGCUCUGACGUUGCGCAAUUUCUUAAUCUCUCUUUGGUAGAGUGUCACGGUAUAUUGCAGCGUUAUUAUUACGAAGAGGAGCGUCAGAUUCUUCUUCUAAAAGAAAAAUAUAAGGAGAUGCGGCGAAGAAUACGGCAAAGAAUGGAAGAGCUAAAGGUUCGACUAUAGUUAGUACGUAUUCAUAAUAAACAUUUAAAUAUCCAUAUUAUUUUUCUAUUAAUUUUCACUCGAAGAUACAUAUGCAUAUAUAUAAUUCCUUCUUUUUUUAUGUAAAUUAUUUGUCGUAAAAUGUGUUAUCGUAAUUGUCCUCAAACAUUCAAACGUAUUAAAACCACUUACUGUCGUCAUUUCUUUUAGCUCUCUAUAUUUAUUUAUAACUUCAAAAAAUAACUUCUGGGAAAGUUCGAUUUUCUGCUUUGAACAUUUUUAAACGCGAGAAAGAAUAAAAGUUUCGGAGAAUAAAAUCGAAAUAGAUCAAUCAAAGUCUUUGUUGAAAUAUGCAAUAAAAAUAUUUGAUUUCAUAAUAUAUCUGUCUUUUAAUUAAUUAAUUAAUUAAAGAAAUAUAUAGAAGUUUAUAGAAGAUCAAACUUUUGUAUGAAUUUGUUUUUUGAAACUGUUGUCAAUAAAUGUCGUGAGUUAUAAAAUAGCACCGCGACCAUGGAAGCAAAUCUUGCACGAUUUAUUGCGGAAUGACUCACUAUCGGAAAAGUGAUUUACGUUUGAAUGUGUCGAGCGAUAACGUACUAACAUUUUCUAGAUUAACGUCUUAUGGUUACAUUAUUCAAUUGUACUCAUUACUUCUGCAUAUUUGUUGCAUUUAUCUGUAGUCAUUAAUGCGCAGCUACUAUUGAGACAUUCAGUGCAAUUUAACUAGAAAUUCAUGUAUCAAAUUAAGUGAUAUAUACAUAUAUUGUUUAAGUCUCGACUGUGCAUCAAACGAUAAUUACACAGUCACGCGAACCAUUCUUUAACACGAUAUCUUUUAAAUUGUUCACUAUAAGCUAAUUGUUGUAUGUAUAGCGUUUCAUUUGAUUUUUUAACAUUAAAAAUGAACACUGUCAUAAUUUAUUAAGGGCGAUCAAGUAUUGUAUCUGUGUAAUAGAUAGACACCGAUGUCAAGUCAAUGAUUGAUACAAGAGAUGAACAUUUUAUGAAAGGGAAAGAGAAAAGAUAUUGUUCACAGUUUAGAUUGUACGAUUGUUAGAAUCUCAUGCAAGGCUGUCCAACUUCUUACCUCGUGAAGUUUUUCUAAAUUUUCUGUUCACGUAGGUGCCAAAAGAAAAACAGAAAUAAUGAAGAUAAAAAAAAAAGAGGAAAAUGAAAGAAAUUAUUAUAUAUUAAACAAUAAAUGGAAAUAGAAUUUUAACGAAGGAAUUGUUGAAUGUAAAAUGGAAAUGUUAGAGAAAGCAGAACGUUUUAAAAGCUAUAUGUAGAUGUAUAUAUCGUCUAGAUGAAAAUUACUAUAAACGAUUGUACCUUGAAUUACAGUUUUAGUUGGACAGCUCCGAAAGCCAUAGAUAAUUGUUAUUAACCAAUAGCAAUUUUCGACACUUAUCACUGCCGUAAUUGCUAGAUCAUGAAUAAAUAUUUUAUCUGUAGAAUAUAGUACGAAAUAUUGAAGAAAGGAUUGCAUUGAAGGUAACUUGGAUUCUAGAAUUUGUUCAAGACGUAUUUGAAUCGAUACAAUCAGAUUAUGAGUAGCUUCAUUUGAAUGGUAUUUUCGGGAACCAAGUUGUUAUGGUUAGCAAUUUCGUGACAUUAUUGUCGAUGAUGACUAUAGUUAAAAUUUAAGAAUUUUAAUUCGACAGAUUUUGAAAAAUCCUUUCUGCAUAGUAGAAAAGAAUCGUAGUAUGAUUACAUUUUAGAUUUAAAUUAAAUUGAUAGUUACAUUUACUUCCGCGAGAUCGUUAGUUUUAACUUUGAGGAAUAAUUAGAUUUCCUAGUUUGUUAAAGCAUUUUCAAUAUAACAGUGUAAUAUGUGAAAUGUGCUUUAGUCGAAAUAAAAGAAAAAAUCUGUUUGUUUUCAUAAUAUAAAAAUUAUGAUAUUUUUAUUGUGGAUUUUUUUACAUUAAAAAUAUUUCGUUCCAAGAUAGAAGGAACUUCAAAUUCUAUUGUGAUGAUCAAAUUCUAUCAAUUCUAUUAUGAAGUUCCAAAUUUUAUUACACAGUUUAAAAAGUUUCGAAACAAAUAUUUUACAUGUCUCUUAUCCACAUUGAAAAUCAUAAUUUAGGUGCAAAAAUUAUUUUUUAGGAUUGAUUACUAAUUCGAUCGAAAAAAUAGAUUUUGACUUACAUAUUACGAAAGUAGAUAUUAGAAAUGCAUAUCACAUACUACACCUACUGACGUUAGGAUUUCAUAUUAAAUUUUAAAUUUACAUGGAUUGAUCGAAUAGAUCCAUAUUUAAAUAAUUCUUCUCAUUGAAAACAUCAAGUAAAACAUUUUACAAGAGAUAACACUUAAAAUAGUUUAACUUUGUUAAAUAAUUUUGGUGCGGAAGGAUCUUCCAAAAUUUUUGUUAUAUAAAAAUUUUCGCGAAUUUCUAAAAAUCGUGCACAUCGCAAUAAAACCAUGACAUUUAGUUAGCAUUUUUCAGCAUUCCGAUUUCUACUCAAGAAAAUAUCAUACUGAUCGUAUUUUUUGAAGAAUUUUUAGAGAUCCCUUUCCAACGGAUGCUUCGAAACAAGUGAAAUAUAUAGUUGCUAAAUGAAAACAAGAAAAAUUAUUAGUUCCUAACAACAGAAGAAAUUCUCAUAAAAAUGAUACAUUAUUAACAAUUUUAACGAAACAUUGAAUUAAACAAAGAGCACGUACGAAGUAACUUUUAAAUAAAUUAAAAAAUAACGAGAGCAGAAUGCCCUUUGUAACAGAGAGAAAUAACGAAAAAGUUUCAUUUAGCAAUUAUUUUGUGUGACAUUUACUUUGAAGCAUUCUGUAUAUCUAUGUAUUUCUAGCAGUUGUUAUGUAUUUGAAAGAUUUCUAACUUCUGUGUGUAGACGUGGUCCAGAGAACUGGAGGUAUUUGCGCACAGUUACGAUUGUACAAUCACAUGCUUAAUAUUGCACAGUAUAACUGGUUUCCAGUGAGAAAGAACUGUACAGUGAAGAAUAUACAUACAAUGGUAUAAAUAAAUGUUCGCCGUUGUUUAUGACAAUAGAUAUCGAUCAUAUAAUCAUAAUUUUAAGCUAGUCACAUUUCAUAAAUAGUCAUACAUAUUAUACAUAAUGUAUGUUACGAAUGCGUUCGCGAUUCGAGUGUUUAGACAGAUAAAUAUCAUUGUCGUGAACGAGGAUUCUUGAAAUUAUCCAAUUUGUUAACGGUGUCUGUUUCAUUAUAGGAAAAAAAAGAAAGGAUAAAAUAUUGGGUGAACUGUAUUAAUUUGUCAGUUAAUUAAUGAAAAUUUAAUUAUUUCUAUAAACUGAGGUGUAAUUUAUAUUUAUAGUUUUAUCGUUGUAUUUAAUUUUUUGAUAUAAUAUUUAGGUGGAAACAUUUGUUUAUGCAAGUUUUAAUAUUUUAAACGAUGAUUAAAAAUAUCAUAAUUUUCGUGUUUUAUAGAAAAUCGAUUCUUUCCUUUUAAUGGAAAAUUACUUACAUAAAUAUUACUUUAAUUACUUCAUAAGCUCUUUUUAUUCCAGUAGAUUAUUUAACGUAAACAAACUUUAGUUCGGUCCAAUAGCAGUGGAAACAAUCUAACAUUAUCAAAUUAUACAGUUUACCUUGUCUUUCAUUUCCGUCCAUUGGUUGUUUGUCGAUCAAACAUUGUACAGGGUGAUUCUACUGUAACUACUGUCACCUUGGUGUUUUUAAAACUAUGCAAGUCCACGAAACGUUUGUUCAUUAAUACCAAAAACGUCACUAUGUAGCAUAUCCACGAUAAGGAAAAGAUGGGAAGUACAAGUAGAGAGAAAAAAAUUGAAUCAUCUUCGACUUUUAUAUUUCAUUAAACAUCCGAUCUAUAUUUUUUUAAACAUUGAAUAUUAUCUCUUUUAAAAAUUAGACAUAGUUAUGAUUCAUUUACUUGUUAUUUCUUUUCCCAAGAAAAGCAGACAGGAAUAGGUAAAGAAGCGAAUUCUCUGGCAAAAUACGUAGUGUCUGACCAUAAGAACGCUGAAACUACUUGCUCCGCUAUCAGACUAAUAUCUUAAGUGCUAGAUACAUACUUGUAUUUGUUUAGGAGGUGUUUCAAUACUAUUUCAUGGAUAGAAACGUGGAUAGAUCAUCGUAUUAAAACAAAACAGAAUAAAAUGUAAAAAUACUGAUACUCAUAUCGUGAUAAUAGGUUUAUUAAUAAUAUUUUUUGCUCUGUUAGCGUAUCUGAGUGUACUAAGGGUCUCGCCGUAAUUAUAAUCGGACUAAUAGGAGCAUCAUAAUUGUCUUCGAAUUAGCUCCAAGUGAGUCCUUCAACAACCAUGUCAGUACGCUAUCUCGAUAAGGUAUAAAGACAUUACGCUUAGAAGAGGAAGACAUGUCGCCUGUGGAACUAACUUCCGAAAGAGCUGAUAUUACAGAUCCUAAUGUUACGAGUGACUUAUUAAUAUGCGCACCUUCUUUCAGUCGUUGACCUGUUGCACCCGUUGCAUAUGCAUAUUUGCUUUCAGCCAAUCGAUAAGAUGCACUUUCGAAACGGUUUCCGAUGGUAUAUUGCCUUCGGAUAGUCCAGCUUGUACGAACGUGAUCGUAAAAAUUGCAUGGCUUCUGUUGCUCACAUCGUUCAUAUUCGUACUUGCUGUAGUUCUGUGCGCGUUACCUCUCAUCAUGCAUUCCUGAAUGUUUGAACAAUCGUACGCGAGGUGACUUGAUAAAUCUUGCACAUAAGGUCCUCUUUUAGGAUGUUCACGCACUCGGAGAGAAUGGGACUAUGACUGGUCCAGUUUCAAUAGAUCCCUCACCCUUUCAUUGUGUAUUUCUAGGAACGAUACCUCGGUUCUGUAUGACGCUCCGCUCUCUUUACCAGCUGUCAUUCUGGCAAACAGCGUAUUACAAAUCCGUGGUAUCAAUCCUUGUGCUUCCGGUGUGCUCAUCAUGGUGAAGGUCUUUCCAGACCUUGUUUGGCCAUAAGCGAAAACGCAGGCAUUGUAGCCCUCGAAGGCACUUUCUAUUACAUCCGUACCAAGAUCGUAGAAGACCUCUUCUUGGGAUGCAUAGUUAUCGUCAUUUGUGUCGCAGGAUCAAUAAGAGUGAUCAAAUGUGAAGUCUUUGUAUUUUUCUCUAUCCAUUUCCUUACAGCUGCCUGGCGUCUUAGUGUUGAAAAUCGUGUUUUUUUGCCAUCCAUUUGUAUAAUCAUUUUCGCAUUCAUCGCCAACUCCCUUUUAUUAAAGGGUCGAACUCUUACGGCUACCUUCACUGAAGCCAUGGCUAUAAGAAACGCAUAGAUUUUGGCUAGAAAUGUUGAUGUACCGCGAUAUAUUUCGUCACUUUUACGUUUUUACAACUCGCGUUACGCGAACAUGAAGUAUUUCGCGGUGCUGCGUAGACAAGGCAUCGUCGACGGGUGCCACCGUAUUACGGAUGUCGUCGUCGUCGUCGACUCUCGCGCGUAAUGAACAACAUCAUUCUCAACACGGUCUUCACAGGCGGACGACUCGAUAGUAAUUUUAUCCAUAGGAAAAUAGUGCAAUUCUUAUUAAUCCUCUACAGAUUCUCUUAUUUCUGGAAGUUACGUAAAAUUCUAGUUACAGUGAAUUAAUUAAGCUUUCUUUUAUCUUGCAUAGUUUCAGAAACAUUAAAAAUUGGUAACUUGAAGAUAAUAGUAAUUAAUAAUUAAUUGUAUAUAGAACAAACAAAAACAUAGUCAUUUGCGUAAAAUAAAAUGCUUUUACAUUAAUAAUGUCGUAACGGUCAAAAUUAAUGUAAAUGGAUUUUUUUUACAUGACCAAACGUGAUUUGUACAGUUUCCGAAUUCAUCUCUCUAUAACCUCUCUGUCUGAAACACGUUGUUCUCUGAACAUUUGACAUGACACUCGAAUUGCAUCGCGGUAUCGGUUUUUGUCAAAUCUUGAAAUAGAUUUUAGCCAGAAUAAAGAGAAAGUAAACAAAAAAAUACAAAAUAUAAAAAAAAGCGUGAAAAAAAAAAGAAAACGAAAACCAACAUUGACUGGGCCAUACGAGACUGUUCGCAACGAGGCGGUACAUGUUUUGAUUUUUAUUGUUUUACAAUGAAAAGUGAAAAAGUAGAAAAACGUAUUCGAAGUGCAGCAAUAGCGUAACAAUAACGAAUCUCGAAUUUUUUCUCCGAGAGCUAUAACGAUGGAUUUUAAUCGAUUGUAAGGCAGCUUCUGCUAGGUAUUAUAUCAAAAUGAAGUUGUAAUAGAGAUAUUAUGUAAGAGCGCGUCAUGAUCUGUAUCGCACCUGUCUCUCUUUGGUUUUCUAUUCUUGAAUGAUAUUUAAUAGACGUUAUGCGAAAUUCUGUAUGCGAAUGCGUGAGAUGCGUUUCGACGAAUGUAAAAUGAGAAAGAAACUGGCGAGAUAGAAAAAUAGGGACAAGGGAAAGAAUAAAGAAUGAGUGUAUAAUAAAAGCGAUGGUGUUUGUUCAGAGAUUAAAUAGAUUUAAAAUACUCCGUACCAUGACAUAUUGAAGCGAAUAUCGAAAGGGCACAGUCCAAAAUGCGAAGUAUAUUGAAUGUGAAAUUGUAAAAUAUGUAGAAUGUAUCUGAAAUAUGGAAUCGUUGAGGAAGAUAAUAAAGUGAUUGCUUCUUUUCA